GGCUGGGAGGCUGCUCACCGGGGUGUCUGGUGCCACAGCGAGGGCCAGAGGGAGGCAGACGGGCAGAGGUGGGAGAACCACAGCGAAGGGGCGACAGAGGGAAAGAGGAAGACUCCAGGAGAGACGAGAGCCCCCAACAUUCACCCACGUCGCCGCCAGUGGCCACCAGAGCGAGCCUGGGGCAAGGCCUGCCGCCCGUCCGUCCCCAUGGGCCGCCGCAGGCCGUGGCUGCACUCCGCUCUGCUCUGGGCGGCCGUGGCCAGCCUGCUCCUCCCUCCGGCGCUGGCCCAGCAGCUGCGAGGGCCCGGCCCCAGCAGCUGGAACAGCAAUGCCGGUGUCUCCUCGGAGGACGUGUCCGGUGAGUUUGGCCACGCCGUCCACGGCCACCGAGGCCACGGCCACGAGGGCGAGGCUGUUCUCACGGGCCGCGGGCCUCCGUUCUGGAGCCACCGGGACCGCGGAGAGGAGGACGAGGGCGAUGUCUCCGGGGAAGACGGUCGCCAGCUCCACGGCCACGGGCACCGAGGCCACGGGGCCGGAGAGGAGGAUGACUCCGACGAGGAGGCCUCCACGGAGCGUGGCCGUGGGGACGAGGAUGGGGACGAUUCGGAGGAGCAUGGGCGCCCCUCCCCAGGCCAUGGGAGCCACGGCGGCCACCAAGACGAGGAGGAGAGCGAAGUCGUGUCCAGUGAGUAUCGGCGUCGUGUCAUGAGGCACGGGCCCCGAGGCCACGGAGAAGAAGAUGAUGAUGACGAUGAUGACGACGAUGAUGUCUCUACUGAGUAUGGGCACCAGGCCCAUAAGCACCGAGGCCACGGAGAAGAAGAUGAUGAUGAUGGCGAUGAUGACGAUGAUGUCUCUAAUGAGCAUGGACUCCAGGCCCACAGGUCCCACGGCCACAGGGAGGAAGAUGAGGAAGACGACUCCGAUGAGCACCACGACCACGUCCCUGCCCACGGACACCGAGGCCACAAAGAGGAAGAUGAUGACGAUGAUGAUGAUGACGAUGAUGAAGAUGCCUCCAAUGAGUAUGGACACUGGGGGUUCAGGCACCAAGAGGAAGAAGACGACUCCGAGGAGGAGCACCCCCACCACGUCCCUGGCCACGGACACCGAGGCCACAGAGAAGAAGAAGAUGAGGAGGAGGAGGAGUAUGGACUGCAGGUCCCUGGGCGCCAAGGCCACGGGCCGGAAGACGACGCUGCCCCAGACGGGCACCACCACCAUGCGCUGAGCCGUGGGCAUCAAGGCCACGGAGACAAGGAGGAGGAGGAGGAGGAUGAGGAAGAGGAAGAGAGGAGAGGAGAGAGGACUGAGGUUCAGGCCCCACUGAGCCAGGGGGAGGAAGAGGAGGAGGAGGAGCUGGAGGAAGCCCAGCUCCCCUUCACCAUCAUCCCCAACCCGCUGGCCAGGAGGGAGGCGGCGGGCGGAGGCUCCAGUGAGGAGGAGCGUGGCGAGGCCGGCCCGCAGGACGCCCAGGAGUACGGGAACUACCAGCCAGGGUCCCUGUGCGGCUACUGCUCCUUCUGCAACCGAUGCACUGAGUGUGAGAACUGUCACUGUGACGAGGAGAACAUGGGGGAGCACUGUGACCAGUGCCAGCAUUGCCAGUUCUGCUACCUCUGUCCGCUGGUCUGCGAAACUGUCUGCACCCCAGGAAGCUACGUGGACUAUUUCUCCGCGUCCCUGUACCAGGCCCUGGCGGACCUGCUGGAGGCGCCCGAGCCCUAGCCGGCCCCGCGGCGGCGCGGACUCCCUCCCGGCCCCGACCCCCACGAGGCGUAUUUAUUUCUCCGAAUAAACGUG